CCGCUUGUCCUCACCAUGGGUGACAAUGAGGAGAUCAUUGAUAAAUUCAAUGGAGUAAAAGUAUGGUGGGUUGCUAAUCACACCUCUCAAAAAGAUUUAGAUGAUAAAAGUUCCUUAACACUAACCUUCCACAAAAGGUACCGUGGUCUCAUCACUACCUCUUACAUACAAUAUGUGUUGGAUGAAGGAAAAGCUAUUGCAAUGAAGAACAGGAAGCUUAAACUAUACACGAACAACCCUAGCGACGAUUGGAGGAUAUACAAAAGAAAGUGGAGCUGCAUAACAUUUGAUCACCCUGCAAGGUUCGAAACACUUGCUAUGGAUGCAAAGAAGAAAGAAGAGAUAAUAGACGAUCUUGUUAAGUUCAAGGCAGGUAAAGAGUACUAUGCUAAAGUUGGAAAGGCUUGGAAACGCGGUUAUUUACUUUUCGGUCCUCCAGGAACCGGAAAAUCUACCAUGAUAUCGGCUAUUGCAAAUUUUAUGAACUACGACGUUUAUGAUCUUGAAUUAACAACUAUCAAGGAUAACAAUGAGUUGAAAAGACUUUUGAUUGCGACGUCAAGCAAAUCAAUUAUAGUGAUUGAGGAUAUUGAUUGUUCUAUUGAACUCACUGGCACAAGAAAGGAAAAAAAGGAUUAUGUACACAAAGGUAAAUACUCUAAUAUAGAGGAAAAUAAAGUAACUCUUUCUGGUUUGUUGAAUUUUAUCGAUGGAAUUUGGUCGGCAUGUGGAGGAGAAAGGAUCAUAAUUUUCACAACCAACUUUGUGGAUAAACUUGAUCAUGCUCUUAUUAGGAGGGGAAGGAUGGAUAUGCAUAUUGAAAUGUCAUAUUGUAGCUAUGAAGCAUUCAAAGUGCUUGCAAAGAAUUAUUGGGAUGUUGAGUCUCAUGAUGGUUUGUUUCCAAUUAUUGAAAAGUUAAUAGGAGAGACUAAUAUAACACCUGCAGAUGUUGCUGAAAAUUUGAUGCCAAAAUCAAUUGCUGAAGAUCUUGAAACUUGCUUGAAGAAUUUGAUUCAAUCUCUUGAGAAUGCAAAGAAAAAGGCACAUGAGAAAGCAAAGGAAAAUGCAAAAGAUGAGGAUGAGGAAGCUCAACUGAAGGAAGAGGAAGAAAAGGUGGAGGCUAUUGAAAAUUCAAAGGAAAAUGUGAAGAAGAAUGGUGUCAUACAUGAAUUUGGAUUAGUAUAA